AGGGCGAGUUAGUUGCGAAUGAGCGCUCGUCGGGCGUGCGUCGUUACGUCGUCGACCGAUAAUGUCAUCCCGUUGUCGACGAUCAGAUCGUGUCGGAUCUUGAGAGUCUCGUGUGCACGCGAUAAAAAAAUACACACACGCAUAGACGAGGUCAGGCCCGCCGUACGCUUCUAGCGAUUUAGUUUUUCCGCACGCCUACCGCGCGACGUCGUGUUCGCUGCGUGAAGUAAAAGUGCGUGCGCGCGCGCCCGCGUUCUCUCUGUCGGAAGCACAGAAGGCAAUCUCGUUUCGAGACGCACGCCGCGUUCCUUCGUCGUUGCUUCGAUCGAGAAAGAAAAGAAAAGAAAAGAAAAGAUAAAGAACAAACUGAGCGUGGCCGCGUUUCGCCGUGGAUUGCGCGACUCUACGAAGAGCGUGCUCGAUCGCGUGCUCGCGUACGUCGCGACUGUCAAUGCCGUACCGUUGUUGUUAUCGCGGUCGAUGAUCUACUGCCACUGCCAUCCUUUUACGCUUCCUUCGGUUCUUUUUUCCCCCCGCUCUAUCGACGGGGCGCGGGAACAUUGAGGACGCUAACGGAAACAAAUAGCACCCGACAGGCAAAAAAAAAAGGGGGAUAGUGGAGAGAAGAAGAAGAAGCGAGAAACGAUUGGAAAAUACAAUCUCGUCGAGUAAUACCGGAUUCGUGGAGGAUAUUGCUUCGCGAGAACGCGAUCUCGAUCGUCGAGGAUCGAGGCACGCGAGAAGAAUCGAUUCCCCCCGAAAGUCCGCGGGAUUCGUCAAAAAGUGUCAGUGUUGUACGAUCGUUAAAAGUGAGGUGGCGAGGAAUUUCCCGCAAACCUGGGCCCAAAAAUGGUGCCGCAGCAGCAGGACAGUCCCUCGAGUUCGGGAAUACCUAUGUUUGGAUCGUUGCUCGUGGAUAAAAAUUCAGCUACCCCGUACUCGGAUGCCACCCAGACGAAGAAGAACAACCCGAACCACAUAAAGAGGCCAAUGAACGCGUUUAUGGUGUGGUCGCAGAUCGAGCGUAGAAAAAUAUGCGAGAUCCAGCCGGACAUGCACAACGCGGAGAUCAGCAAGCGUCUGGGUAGACGGUGGAAGACGCUGGACGAGGCGGAGAGGAGACCGUUCAUCGAGGAGGCAGAGAGACUCAGGCAAUUGCACAUGAUGGAGUAUCCCGAUUACAAGUACCGGCCGAGGAAAAAGACCUCGAAGCCGACCGCGUCCGCGAGUCCGAAGGCGAAAGACGGCGGCAAGAAGCCGAGGAAAUCGUCGACGUCGGUGGGAACCGUCGGUCCAGGAUCGGCGAAGGGUCAGUCGCGAAACGACACGAACAACAAUAUGCAAACGAGCAUCGGCGUGGUCGGCGGAACGGUGAAGCGAUUGCAGCCUCAGUCAAGCAGUAGCAAGCCAGUCUCGCGACUCAAGGUCAGACUGGCGCUCGACAAGCGACCACCGCUCGAUUACACUCCCGCCCCGCCGAUCGUCACCGCCAAGAUACCCAGCAGUCCUUCCUGCGUUACGCCGGAUUCCCCGGAAUCCGCCAGUUUUUACGAGGACAAUUUCCUCGAAUGCGGCUCGUCCGUGAGGUUGCCCGCGGCAGCCACCGCCACCACUUCCUCCUCCUCCUCCUCCUCUUCCACCUCCUCUUCCACCUCCUCCUCCACCUCCUCCUCCACCUCAUCGUCCGUAACAAUGAGCAGCGGCAAGAUCAAGCGAGAAGCCAACUUGGAGAUGGACUACGAGACGACCUUCGAACCAAAGGACCGGCUCUUGUCCUCGGUCGGUCCCGUUGGCUCGAGCCUCGCCACUAACGCUACCGUUACCUUUCCCGCGUCCGUCGAAGACAUGGGUCUGAUUUCGGAGAGGAGUUUCCGCGCUCGGACGUCGUGUCACCUCGAACGACGAUCGAGUUUCAUGGUGAAGGAGGAGCCGGCCGACGUGGACACCGAAAUGGACGCGGAGUCGGAAGCGAUGUCGCCGGCGGCGCUCAACGACUCGGACCGUGCAUCAUCGAGCUCCGCGUCCCUCUCGACAGCCACCACCACGAUCCCCACCGUCUCCUCGAUCGCGUCCUCGGCCCUGGUAUCGACGAACACGCCGACGACGAGGACCGACGCUCUGUCCAACGUCGUGUCCAGCAACGACGCCGCCUCCAUCGCGGCCGCCGCCGCCGCGAUCGUCAAGCUCGAGGAAUCCGCGAACAACCCCAGCCUCGCGGACCUCUACUCCCUCACGGACCUCUUGCAAAUACAACCGUCCGAUUUCAAGAUCGAUCUGGACAUGGAAACGAUCACCACCGACCUGGACACCUUCGAGACCGCCAGCUCCAGCAGCGGAUCGCACUUUGAGUUCUCCUGCACGCCCGAUGUCACGGACAUGCUGUCCACCAUCGGGGUCGGGAACGACUGGGUCAGCUUUUAAAGAGAACGAGCCACAUAGACACGCGUGUUUCUCCUCGGCGGAGUCAAUUCGCGAGGCGACCAAAGCGAUUAUCGAGGCCGUCUGCAAGUUUAAACUAAUAAUUAUUUCAAGAUUUACGCGAUCCUCCGUUGGGGGUUCAUUAUUUUUUAAACGCUUCGUAGGAAAGUUGAUUUCUAUUUACCAAUUUCAGAUCGAGAGUCUAUUUCUUUGCUUUGGUCGCGUCGCGCGAAUCAAUUCUGAGAUGGAAACUCUUCUUGUUGCUCGUUAACCCCCCCAGGCCCCCCCGUGAGUCUUCGUAAAACCCACUGUCGUCGACUCGCGCAUCGAUACGAGCCUUUUUGUACAUCUAUUGUAGCAUAUUAGGAUUAGGAUACUUUUUUUACUCAGCGGCAAAUGUUAACCCACGAGGAUCGUUGCGAUCGAGAGGUAAACAGGGGGAGGGCCCCCUCAGUGGCGGUGUAGCGGCGGAAUUCGGGGGACUCGACGAUUCGUUCUUCGAUGUGUAUAUCGGUAGAUGCAUGUGUAGUAAUAUAUACAUAUACAUACAUACACACAUUUAUAUAGUAUAUAUAUAUAAUACAUUUAAACAAAAAAAAAAAAAAACCCUCCGCGUAGCGACGAAGACUAUCGGGACCUCGUUGAAUCUUUUGGCAUCUUUGCUCGCGACGAAAUACGGUGUUCCCCGCUCGCUUGCAACGGAAACGGUGUUACAUCCGGGGGAUGGUACUUCUUUUUUUCGUAUGCAUCGAACUAUAUUUUUUCCCCCCCGUUUCGUUCGGUUUGGUGAAAUUUACAUUUUUCUAUUUAUCGUCGUAUCCGUCGUCGCGAGAAUGUUACCAAUUGCAAUUUGUAAUUAAAAAUAGAACGGGAACACGAUGAUAGAUACGCGAAUGUCGAUUUCUCGGACAAAGUGAAUCGCCCCGGUUUACGGACAUAUUUUUUUGACACGAUCGAAAAUUCCGAGUAUUAUUUUUGUUGCCUACAUUGUGAUAUGAGAAGUAGAGCAUUUCGUUGGGAAGGGGGGGCAAAUAUCUUUUUACUUUUUUUGAUAAAACUGAUAGUUUACUUUAUAUUUAAAUUGUUAAGGAACGAAACGCCAUUGUCCAACUGUUCGACCACGGGUGCCAGGCUAUGCACAGUGGGCCCAGUUACAUGAGAGAGUGGCCAAGAGUAAGAAAAUGCAUGAUUCGUAAUAAAUUUCUCUCGGGUUGCUCGAGGUCGAUGAUUACGAAAUUCGAUAUCAACAUGGUAAUAUUUUAAGUUUUGUUAUUAUUAUUAAUAGGGGAAGAACCUUUAGUACGAUAUUAAUAUUUUUAUUUUCCGAUCUGCCAUGUUGGAUCAGUCGUUUCGAAUUUCGUAAUCGCCGACUGGAAGGUAUUAUUUUUUUCAUAUUCGUUUUCGCAGUUGAUCGAAAUACGCGGUAUAAAUCCUAUCGUUGUUGUUCGAUAUUUGAAAAUCCGUAAAAUGGCGCGCGUGGACUAUAAAGUACGCUGCGUUUGGAAUACAAUGAGUCAUCACUGUCGCCUCCAUAGGCAGUGAAUUAUAAGAGAACGAGUAAACGGUAAUUUGUAUACAAAAGAAACGUAUAUUUGUAUACAGUCCUUGCGAAUAACUUUCAUUUUUGCGAAAUUUUUUUGUUACAACGUUGACUUGCACACGCGACUUUUGGCCACCGUUUCAAUAUUUUUAAUCCCACUGUGCAGCGUAACUCGAAAUCAAACAGAAUUGUUUAUAACAUUUUGACGACUCAAUCGCCAGAAUCUAUAUACCGAUUUCACAUUUGAACUUUUGUCGGGGACGCUAUCUUUAUUUAUUUGCGAUUACGUUUCGCAUUAUCGCGUACGAAAUAACGAUCGGUGUGUCGGUCGACGCAGAUAAAUUUAAUGCACAUAGUUUAUCGAAAGUGACAAAAACAAUGCUUUUUUUAUCGAACUUGUUAUCAAGGGGAUUUCUACGCAAUAACCGUAGCGAUGGUAAAGAUUAUUCGAAAAAUUCAACCGUGUUGCUUGUUCGUUGCUCGUAAGCGGGGAAAUGCCGUGUCGGUGAUGGACGAAGGUAAAAGCGUAACCGACGAACCGAGCAGAAAACGGAAAGGGAACGAUAAACGCGCGGAUCGAGACCGAAAAAACUAUGCUUAUUUCGGUCCCUCGAUCGCGUGUCGAUCCAUGGAGAACAACAACGAGUUAUCGAUGCAAGCGACGACGCGUUUCCGUUUUCGUGCUCGUUCCGCUGGAUCGCCACGAUCUCUUUCUCUUUCGCACGACGAACGCUGGAACGAACGUCUUCGAAUAUAUCAAACGUUUGAUCUCAUAUUCCCUUUACCUUUAAACUAGCGCUUAUUCGUAACGUAUAACGUUUGCCUGUGCGACGACGCGGUGUCAAUUUCGUUUCUUCGCCAAGCUACAAAAUCUUUUUCGCGACGUUCCACCCGCCCUCCCCCUUUUUCUUCCCCCUCCCUAGAGUGCUUUCGUCGACACGGUAAAAAAGAAAAGAACCAAGGACGGACUAAAGUUUUUUGUUUCGAUGAAAAUUUCGUCCCUGUCCCUGGUUCGAGAAGCCAUACGGUGCGUCGCGCACACUGCCAAUUAAACUCUUCGAGUCGCUGUCGUUCUUUCGUUCCGACCGUUCUCCUACUUAUCGUUAGCCCAAAAACGCGUUCAACUGCCAAACGGACGGGGUUCAAGCUCAGCCUCGUCCCACGAUGAUCGCCCAUGGUUUUGCUCACCGUGUCGACGGCCAAAAAGCUUUCGAACAGUAACGGAACAGUUCUUGGGUAGUUGCUCGAAUCGGCGAACGAGGAACCGGAAGUAAAGGACGGGCGAAUUUACGAGCUCGACCGCGAGUAAAAAAAAAAAUUGACAACCGAGAAUUGUAUAUCUCGAGUAACGGCAGCACGAACGCGACAAUACUUUCGACGAGACGAGGUAAAUCCGUGUCUCGUCGUGACGAACAAACACGUAGAACCAAAGUAGGAAACCCCCUUCUCCCCCACCCCCUCCCCCCUCCUCCUUACGACUUAUAGGCUGUGAAUAUUUUUUGAUCGAAGGAUGCCCGACGAUGGAUCGAUUUCCGGGAUUAUUCGGAAGAGUCGAGCUCACGUCGAAACAAAACCCGUAAAUGGAAGAUGAAGAGAGAGAGAGAGAGAGGUUUUCGCGUAGAGAGGAGAGCAUAUGGGGAAAAAUAAAAUGCGUCGCGCUUUAAUCGUUCGAGCAACGAGAGACUCCUGCGAAUAUUGCCCCGAAUUCCAAUCGGAUCAGCAUUUAGGGACCGCGACCGGAAAGGAGACCCAUUCGCCAACGAGUUUCCGACUAAAUUCCUGCUGCUCAAGUAUCCGAAUGUGCCUCUGGUGCCGCGUGGCUUUUCAACGGGGCGUAAAAGAGAGAGAGAGAGAGAUUAUUAGAGUGUUUUGCGGGUCGAGGAGCCGAAAAGUCACGAGCCAGAGAUAAUCGUGCAUUCGUAAUCUUUCGAUAGGUAGAAAUAAACGAAACACACCAAAGUGCAAUACUACGCGGUAUACGUGUAAUCUGUAAAUGCCAACGACCGAAAAGUAUAAACGGCUAAGCGGUUCAAUCGAGAUACGCGCGUGAAAAGAAGGGACGCAAAGAUUAUAAUGCUAAAUACCGAUCUCAAUCCGAAAUAUAAUAACACUAUUUUUUCAAACGGUGAUCGACGGUUGAUGUGUAUGUGUACGUAUAUUACAUUGUAACGCGAAAGAGUCUUGUAGAAAAUGCCAAACGAUCGUUGGGCAAUAUUUUUCCACGAAUGUAGUUACACGAUGCAUUUAGUCGGACGUGUGUGCGUUCCGUUCGUAAUCGAUGGAAUUCACGGUCGGGGUGGAUGUUUAUUCGUCGAACGAAUCUAACAAAAUUUUUUGUUUUUUUUUUUUCUUAUUCUUUGCUCGCGAAUAAAAUUCCCCCGACUCUGGACGACGGAUACCAACGAGAGGGGCGAGGUUUGCGUACGCGGUUGCGUGUUUUUUCGAUUCGACGCGAUUCGAUUUCGUUCGUUGAUUCUCGCUUGACACGCAUUACGACCACGAUACGCAUUAUUUUCUUAGCGUUUCGAGCGAAAGAAUACGCAUCCCCCCCCACGCGCGUACGCGCGCAUCCAAUCUAAACGAAAGAUAAGCGUUCAAAGUUUACUGCUCGGCAGCGAACGAUUACGUGUCCGAGUUAUAUCUCGUAGGUUUAAGUUUUCAUUAUACACGAUAGUGGAGAAUUUACUUGCGCCAACAACUAACUUUAUACACGUAACGACUGUACAUUUGUAUCUAGCCCUUUGUUUAUAAUACUUAUUACCUUGUUAUCAAGUAUUCAAUUUAUAUAAUUUUUUU